GGGAAGAGGGAAGAAAUCCAACUGUUCCAAGAUUUCCUGGAGAGAGACUUUUGGCACUCUGGAAAAGGGGGAUCGUUCAGCUCCCUGAAUCUAUGCCCAGCCUGGGAGGAAGAUGAAACCAGUGAGAAAGGCUGCCAGUUCCUCCUCUUCCUCCUCUUCCGGUAGCAGCAGCUGCAGCCGCUCUCCACCCUCCACCCGGGCCAAAACUCAGAAGCGCAAGACCGCCAUUGACGAGAACCCCGCGCUUGAAGAAGGAGCAGAAGAGGAGGCGCCCGAUCAACCCCCAGCAUUUGUGGGUGCCCGGCGCAUGCAAGUACAGAUGGACCCCAGCUUGCGGGACUUGGCCGGAGCUCACGAUGACCCCUACAAACUGUCCGAAGGCGAAACACAGGCGGGGGCCGAGGCCUGCGGGACAGAAGCCUCCUUGAACCGCAAGACGGCUACUUUUAAGUCGCGGGCGCCAUGCCGGAAGUACCCUGGGGGUGAAGAAUCAAACGGCAGCGAGAACGUAGCCGCCACCUUGGCGGAUGAGCCUCGGCGCUGCCCUUCUUCCAGCACGGACACAGCCAGCGAGCACUCCGCAGACGAGAACGACAAGGGGGUGGGGAACAUGUGGGCAACGCCCCCCAGUGCGUACGACCUGCGCCAGCUGCGUUCCCAGCGGGUGCUGGCUCGGCGGGACGGACUCUUCCAGCCGGCCAUCGUGAAGCAGGUCAGACGAGGGCAGGACUUGGGGGUACAAUUUGUGGGGGACCGGGUUACAGCAUAUUACGAAGGGGCCCUGGGAUCUGCUGCUGUGGAUAUUGUGCUGGACGCUACCCCUCCCCCUGGAGCUUUGGCUGUGGGUGCCGCAGUCUGUGCUUGUAUGGACCCCGAGGAGACCGCUUACCAGGAAGGCAUGGUGGUGGAAGUCAGCGUCAAACCUGCUUCCUACAAAGUGCGAUUCACCCAUCCGGUGGUUCUCCCUGGAACUGCCAGUGCCAGCCGCAAAGACUCCGCCUGGGUGCCCCGCUUGGCCCUGCGCCUUCUGCGCUCCCCAUGGCAUUGUGACAAUCCUUCAGAAGACAACAAGCCACCCGAAGCAAUGCCUCCGUUGCCAGAGCCAGAGGAAGUUGCUCUGGCCCUCUCGUGCCCCGAGUCCAAGCAGCCCGAAGACGCCGAAGUAUCCAAGAUCAGUGCUGGGGUGCGGGCAGAGGAGAAGUCCGUGGCGGUGCCACCCCAGAUCCUGUCCCCCCCAAAGUCGCCAGCCUUCCCUCGCCUUCCUGAGCAGCGAUCGCCUUUGCUGAGUCCGGAAGCGAGCGGAAGCCGCAGCAGCAGCGUGAUGUCCGUGGAUAAGUGCAGCACACCGGGGUCCUCUCGCUCCCGUACGCCCCUCACUGCCGCCCAGCAGAAGUACAAGAAAGGAGACGUAGUGUGUACCCCCAAUGGCAUCCGCAAGAAGUUCAAUGGGAAGCAGUGGCGGCGACUCUGUUCGCGGGACGGCUGCAUGAAGGAGUCUCAACGGCGGGGUUACUGCUCGCGUCAUCUCUCCAUGCGCACCAAGGAAAUGGAAAGCCUCUCGGAAGGCCGAGCCAGUGGUCUGCGGGAGGGCAGCGCCGAGUUUGACUGGGACGAGACGUCGCGGGACAGUGAGGCCAGCAGUGCCCGGGGGGACUCACGGCCUCGGCUGGUGGCUCCUGCGGAUUUGUCACGCUUUGAGUUUGACGAGUGCGAAGCUGCCGUCAUGCUGGUGUCCCUGGGCAGCUCCCGUUCAGGCACCCCAUCUUUCUCGCCAGUCUCCAAUCAGUCCCCCUUCUCCCCUGCCCCCUCCCCCUCCCCGUCUCCUCUCUUUGGCUUCCGUCCAGCCAAUUUCAGCCCCAUUAAUGCCUCGCCCGUCAUCCAGCGGGCCGCCGCUCGCAGCCGCCACGUGAGUGCCAGCACCCCAAAGGGAGUUGGGGGUGCCGUGCUGAGCCCUGAGAUGUUGCACCACGCCACCUCCCGGGAGCGCCAUCAUUCGGGCAUCAGCUUUCAGACCAACCUUACCUUCACCGUGCCAAUGAGUCCCAGCAAGCGGAAAGCCGAGUCGCACCACAGCAGCACCAGCUCGGCAGCUGACUUCCACAAGAACGACAGUCUCGACUCGGGGGUGGAAUCCAUUUCCCACACCCCUACCCCUUCCACCCCUGCUGGCUUCCGGGCCGUGUCGCCUGCGGGCGCUGGGCCCUUUUCCUCGCGCUCCCAGCAGGCCUCCCCGCUCUUGCUGGUGCCCCCGCCAGCUGGACUGACCUCCGACCCGAGCCCCACGGUGAGGAGGGUGCCUGCCGUGCAGAGAGAUUCCCCGGUGAUUGUGCGCAACCCCGAUGUCCCGUUGCCUUCCAAGUUCACAGAGAAGCCGCUGGAGAGCCGAGGGGGAAGCCCAAGGAUGGGGAAAGCCGGCUCCAAGGAACACCUGUCGGGCAAAGGGCAGUUGCAAAUGCCGGUGCCCAUUAAUGUGGGCCGAACUCUGCCUUCCAGCCAGCCUAGCGUGGUAACUGUCCCCGAACAAGCCCCGCCCGUCUUCAGCGUGUCCUCCCCCUUUCAGCCUGUGGCCUUCCACCCCUCCCCAGCUGCCCUCCUGCCUCUCCUUGUGCCCGGAGAAUACACCGGCCACCCUACUCCCAAGAAGGAGAUCAUCAUGGGAAGACCUGGCACAGUGUGGACAAAUGUGGAGCCUCGAUCUGUGGCCGUGUUCCCAUGGCACUCACUAGUGCCCUUCCUGGCGCCAAGCCAGCCAGAUUCCUCCGUGCAGCCCAGUGAAGGCCAGCAGCCCGUCAGUCAUCCGUCCACAUCCAAUCAGAACAAAGAACCUCCUGAAUCGGCUGCUGUGGCCCAUGAACUCCCCGGGUUGUCUUCAGAGGCCGAUAGUGCAGGGAGGCCAACCCCCUCGCACCCCGACAGUCCCACUCCAGUUGCCCAACCUUCUACGGUGAUCCCAGGAGGAAGCGGAGUUCCAUCUCAGCAUGAUGAUGACCUCCCAGGACACCCGCGCCUAGACAGCGAGACGGAGAGCGACCAUGACGACGCGUUCCUAUCCAUUUCAUCUUCUGAGAUCUCAAUCCCACUACUGCCAGGCAAGCGGCGCACCCAAUCCCUGAGCGCACUGCCAAAAGAGCGCGAUUCCUCUUCCGAGAAGGAUGGUCGCAGUCCAAACAAGAGAGAAAAGGAUCACAUUCGGCGGCCCAUGAACGCUUUCAUGAUAUUCAGUAAGCGACACCGGGCCCUGGUGCACCAACGGCACCCCAACCAAGACAACCGUACCGUCAGCAAGAUCCUGGGCGAGUGGUGGUACGCUUUGGGGCCCAAGGAGAAGCAGAAGUAUCACGACUUGGCCUUCCAGGUGAAAGAAGCCCAUUUUAAAGCACACCCCGACUGGAAGUGGUGUAACAAAGAUCGGAAGAAGUCUAGUUCGGAUAUAAAAUCUGCCGGGCCAGGCGGUUGCCCCAAAGAGAUGCGUGAACGUAGCAUGUCAGAGACAGUUGCUUCUGAAAUGCUGUUGGGCCCAGACGUCAAAGCAGGUGUCAUGGGAUCCGGGCAUUGCCAUGGGGAGCGAAUCCUGCCCUCAGCCUCUGAUGCUCAGCGUCCACGGGCCUUUUCCCACAGCGGUGUGCAUGGCAUGGACAGUGACCGGGAUAAUCAGGUGUUGCAAGAGCUUACCCAGAUUUGCUCGGGACAGUCUCCGUAUGCCAGCGGGAAGGGUCAGUAUGGGGGGCUGGGCCCCUCAGGGUCCCCCUUUGCAACCCCAGGCGAGGGUCCCCGUCAUUCCCUGCACCCACAUUCCUCCCGUGCCUCUCGUUCUCAACGCACAACCAGUGAGGACAUGACCAGCGACGAGGAGCGCAUGGUGAUCUGUGAGGAGGAAGGGGACGAUGACGUCAUUGCUGAAGACGGGUUCAAUCCAGCUGACGUCGACUUGAAGUGCAAAGAACGAGUGACGGACAGCGAUAGUGAAGGAUCGUUAGGGGAUGAAUCUGACAGCAAGGACUUUGGACGGAAGCUCUUCGCCCCGGUGAUCCGGUCAGCAGCCCUGCCUCCUUCUUCUGCCGCCUUUGCCCCAUGUCGUCCACCACCUCCUCUGGACUUGGAGCCGCCUCCACCGCCCCCACCCCUACCGCCACCUCACAGUCACCAGGAGCAGCCCCCAUCCAAACCUUACAGUUCCUUCCAGAUGUCCCCCAGCACCUUCAAGUCCCAAGACUCGCAUGCAGCUCUCCGUCCCCACAACACCCCAACCAAGCGGUUAGAGGCCCGCUUUGACCCAGCGGCUGCCCCCUACAGGCGAAAGAGAGCGGACAGCGCAGGCGGUUCCCAGGGGCCUUCUGAGGCCGGGACGGCUCCCCUCUCUGUCCCCGCCCACUCCGUCAUCUCUCCGCCCAGCGGGGCGGUGCAGACUCUGGUGCUUCCGGAUUCGACCCGCUUGUCCACUGGCACCGUGCUGGUGACAGCCCCAUCUCUCAGCACCCCAAACAUGGGGGUGAUCGGCUACAGCGGAUCGCCCAGCUUUGUCCGGACUGCAUCCACCGUGGUCACCAACGUGGUCAAGCCAGUUAGCAGCACUCCUGUACCUAUUGCCAGCAAACCUUUCCUGCGUGGAACGGGGGACGCACUGCCGCUGGUCAGCCCCCCACCUUCCGACGGCAAUGCGAAGCCCGAAGGGAUUUCCGUCAGUCGACUCGGCUUGCUCUACGCCGAUAAAAAGGUUCCACAGACCUCUGCCAUGGCUGGAAUCCAAGCCACCUCUCCUCACUUAGUAGCUGGACCGCUUCUUGGCCAAGGCUUGGCUGCCGUGGGGAAGUGCCCCCCGACCCAAGGAAGUGUCGUGACCAAUCUCCUGGUAGGAACUCAAGGUUACAGCCAAGCCAGCGGUGCCGGAGGAGCUGGCGUUCCCGUGACUGUUUUGCCACCUGGCGCCAUUGCCCAACAGCCUUCUGUCCAGUUCAUUACCCAGAAUCCCUCCGGACAGAAUGGGCCGGUGCCACUUAGCAUCCUGCAGCCCCAAGGUAUUUUUUCAGGCACAGCAGGAAAGGCUGGGAGCAUCACUCAGGUUCAGUACAUCCUACCUACAUUGCCUCAGCAGCUACAGGUAGCCGGCGGGAAGAUUCCAGCAGCAGCAGGCACACCUGCAGCCGCCAGCAUUCACUUCACUCUGCCUCCCCCCAACGGAAAAGUCAUCACUGCCCCCCAAGGCAUCCCCAUCAUCCAGCCUGCCCCGGGAAGCAACAGCAACAGCGUGACAGUCAUGUCCUCAGCACCCAAAGUUCAGUCCGUGUCCCCUGUCCAGGCGCCGUCUCCCAGCAAUUCAGCCCACCUCGUGACUGGGCAGGUGAUGCCCCCCGCAGGGCUACAAGUACAAGGCAAAGUCUUGGUGCCAAUGGCAGCCUCCCAAGUGACAGUAAGGACCACCUCAGCCGCCCAGCUGCCUCUGGUUACUCCGCCUUUCACUGUCCCGGUGCAAAAUGGGAGUCAACCAGCCAGUAAGAUUAUCCAGCUCACUCCAGUGCCAGUUGUCCAGCCUCAGUCCUCUUCCCAGAGCAGUGCCACCUUGGUGCCCCCACUUAGCCCUGCUGCGCUCCAAGGCACCAUGGCCACCGCUGUCAUUGGUUCCCCGAGCCAGGCCCAGAAAGUCCUGUUGCCCUCCUCCUCAACCAGGAUCACCUAUGUGCAGUCGGCAGCUGGACAUGCUCUCUCCCUGGGCACCUCAACUUCUCAUUCUCAACCCAGCAUCCCUCCAGCUGCUCCUACCACCACCUACGUCCAGUCCCCAGUGGGGCCUGCUCCCAUGGCCCUGGGUUUCACAGCUAUUGGGCCACUGCUUUCGGGUCAGAAUCCUGUGCUGGCUUCGGGACAAGUGGGGGUGUCCCCACUUCAGAGCCCUCAACUCCCAGUUUCCGGUGCCGGACAAGGACAGGUCAUCACUGCCGUUUACCCCACCCCCACAGGGACCAGUCCUGUUCAGUCCGCCAGUCACAGCGUGGUCUAUUCGGUGGCCGCCACGGGCACUACCACGGUCUCCUCUCCCACAGCCAUCCUGCCCAAGGGAGGCAGCGCCAGUCAGAGUGCUGGAACUUCCAACCACAGCCUGAUUUCCACAGCCGCACAAGUGAUUCCUUCGACGCCCACUCGGCCUCAGCGCCCACCCCUCAAGCCUCCCCAGAAAGUCAAAGCCACCAUUGCGAACAUCCCAGUUGGUUCUUACGAAGCCGUCUAUUCACCAGGCCCCGUUCCCCCUCCUGCGGGGCAGCAGCACGACUCUGGAGCGGCGCGAUACCACCGGGAGACUGAAACCUUAGAACGGCCUUCGCGGGAGGCAGGGCCCCAAGACACUCCCUCUUCCCCCGCCUGCCAUGGCACCGCCGAAAAGAGUCCUGCCAAAGCUCAGGAGUUGAAGCGAGAUUGCUGGGAGCCAAUAUCACCCCCGGCGUCCCAGCCAUCGCAAGUAACGGAGACCCCGGCCGCAGAAGUCGUCUGGAGCCAGCGGGAGAUGGCAGCGGGGCCCAGCGAAGAGGGUGCUGUCCGUGAACCUCCACCAUCCUCUCUGUUAGGCAGCAAAGGGACAGAAAUGGCCCCGAAAUUCCCCAGCUCCCCUGACUGGAGAACAGCCGGUCCAGAGGCUCGUCCUGAGACUUCGGCCUCAUCUGCGGCUCCCAAUUCCUCCUCUUCGCUCAGUCCGAUCCCGUCAAAUGCCGGAGAGGGCUCCAGAAGCAGCGCUUCAACUCUCCCCCCAGCAACAGCCGCCCCUACGGCCGACGGCCUUGACCCAAAGGAGAGUCCAGGUGGGAAGAAAGUGAAGGUCCGGCCUCCCCCGCUGAAGAAAACCUUCGAUUCUGUUGACAACAGGGUUCUCUCUGAAGUGGAUUUUGAGGAGCGCUUUGCCGAGUUGCCUGAGUUCAAGCCGGAAGAGGUCUUGCCUUCACCUACGCUUCAGUCCCUUGCCACCUCUCCACGGGCCAUCCUGGGUAGCUACCGCAAGAAGCGCAAGAAUUCCACCGACCUCGACUCCUCCACGGAAGACCCCAUCUCCCCCAAACGGAAGAUGCGCCGUCGCUCCAGUUGCAGUUCGGAGCCCAACACUCCCAAGAGCGCCAAGUGUGAAGGAGACAUCUUCACUUUUGACAAAACAGGCACAGACACGGAUGACGUACUUGGAGAACUGGAGUAUGAGAAGGUGCCCUACUCUUCACUCCGACGUACCCUGGAUCAGAGGAGAGCUUUAGUCAUGCAGCUCUUCCAGGAUCAUGGCUUCUUCCCUUCAGCCCAAGCCACUGCAGCUUUCCAAGCCCGCUACUCGGACAUCUUCCCCACCAAGGUCUGCUUACAACUCAAGAUCCGGGAAGUGAGGCAGAAGAUUAUGCAGGCAGCCACUCCUACGGAGCAAGCCCCCAGCACGCCAGAGCCCGGAGGCGCCCCAGGCAGCGUUAUGGGGGUCAGCGGUGCAGAGGGACAGCUGGCGGAGUUGAGCCUCCCGCAAGACUCCGCCCAGAGCACAGAGGCUGCCCCGCCAGCAGCCAGCCCUUCCACCACAGCCGCUGGCUGGGACUGUAGCCAGCAGUCUUCUCCAGGGACGGCCGGUAGUAGCACCUCCACUGCCACCACCACCAGAUGAAGAGCCGCCCCCAACAGCAAGCAAGAAAAGCAGCCGCGUGGAGGGUGGGGGAGCCCCAGACCUUUACCCCCUCCCCCACACCCUUGCCCUGCUCCUCACCGGCGCCCCUCCCUUUGCUAACCUCACCUGCUCUCUUCUGUGACUGUACGGGAGAAGCUUCCGCAACCUGUAGACACUGCCUGGGCUCCUUGCAGGCCUCUUCAGCCAUUCUGAUCCGACAUGGAUGGGCCAUGGCCUUCCAACAGGUCCUUCUGCACCUUCCCUCCUCCCAAAAGAACUCAAGUUGGUGCUGACCUAUCGACCAUUCCAGGACACAGGCCAGGAGACCUCUGGGGAAGGAGGGGGGGGCUGCCAGAAGGCCCUCCCAGGUGCACCAACCAACCAACCAAACCCCUGUAAAAUAAGACCUCGUGUUAAUUUCUUCCCCACAUACCCCCACUCCCCCGCACACACAAACACUUAUCUCCUUCGAAUAAUGUUAUAAGUAUUUGGAGAUCCCACCAACUUGUUGCUUCUGUGUCAAGUCAUCGGGGCAGGGGGAGGGGGUGGGGUGGGGAAAGGGAGCCUUUUCCAUCCAUCCUUGCAGUGGGAAGAGUGGGAGGCUUGGGCCUCCCGGACAGGUGAUUGCUUUGGUCAUUUGGCAAGUUGGGUCACUUGGAGAAGCCAGAAGGAAGAAAGGAGGAGGAGGAGGAGAGAGAAGUCGAUCCAGGGCAAAGCUGGGCUCCGUGGAGUCUCGCCAAGAGAGCCUUGCAAAGAGGGGAACGAGGACUUUUGUGUGUGGCGCAGCCUAAAUCUGGACGGGAGUUUAAAAGAGGGGUCUUGGGAGAGAGGGAGCUGGCCUGGCGAGCUCCCCUCCCAAGUACGAGUGCCCUGGUGGCCACAGCCACAUGUUGACCAUGUGUAACCCCUUCUGUAUUGGGGUGGCCCCACCUCACAUACUAUUAAAGCUCUUUAACAAUCUGG